AUGGGACGCCUACCUCGCUGGUUCGACUGCUACCUCCAAGCAAACAAGCUGACGGAAAGGUCAGAGGACUGUAAGCGGGGCCUAUUCCUCAGCCUCUAUGGGCCCAAGGUGUUUGAGACAGCUCGAGUUUUGGUUGCACCACUAGCAGUCCAGGCAGCGCUGUGGGACGUGGUUCAAGAGAAGCUCUGCAACCACUACACGCCGAAGCCAUCCAAGAUUGCUGCCCGCCAUGUGUACUACCACAGGAACCAGGCAGAGGGGGAGUCAAUUAACAACUGA